CGGAGAUGCAGCUACGAACGCUGCCGCGGCUGGAGGUGGUCGUGGCGGAGGUGUUACUGCUGCCGCGGCUGUGGCAUCGACAACCGCAUCGCAAAAUCUGCAGAAAGUCGUGAAAGACGUCGAGACGAACGUGGGACUGACAAAAGGAAAGUACAGCGAGAAGGAAUUCAAAAUGAGUAUUAGAACUGAUGAAGAUCAUGUAGACGUACCAGCAGGGAUGACAUCUUCUCAACCACCCAAGGUCCAAACGACGGCCGUCUUCCCUGCAGCACUGAACGUCGCGACCAUCCACGACAUGCACGAGAUGGACCAAGGAGUGGUAAACAUGACAGCCGAAGAAUUCACCGCAAGAUAUGUUAUGAAAAUUGAACGCAAUCGCAAUCGCAACAAACUUUUCACAACAAGUAGUUAUAAUGGAAAAUAUCCAUUUAUGGAUAAUAUUAGUCUUAGUGUACCACUUCUGAUUCUGCCACUGUCAUAUUGAUCGAGAUCGAAUGCCUGGUGUUUUUCAUUCAACUAUUGGCGAUCGCCACUAGCUUCUAAAAUGAGCACUCGCAUCCUCUAUCUAACUCAAGCCCACCCGGGACAUACGCCCGCGUUGUCCCUGGUCCAGAGAUACUUUUGCACGAUAUCAAAGGCAGCACAGGCAAAGACAAGUGGUCAUGGCCAGUGCAGGACGAUAACGAUGAUGGAAAGGCUGACGAAUGGGAAACGGAAGCUGGGAGAUGGUAGCUUGUUUUUUUUGCCACUGUUUGAUCCAUGCUGCGCCGAUACGACAGCGCCUGGGAUUAGCCCCGAGAGCAGGACCAAGCCCGAAGGCCUUCGCGCCAAGCUUCAACGGCAGGCGCAAGGAGUAGACGGCAAUGGGAGGCGCCGGCCGCGGUCGUGGGCACCGAGGGGCUCGGCUGGUUGCCGUUGUUUGCAGCGCAUGACUGCGCGCCCCAUUUUGCCCGCUCCUCUUCUGGUCUACAAGCUAUCGGGCCCGCGCUCGCCUUUCGAUGUGACUUCGAGAGGGGCGGGGCCCUAAGAUAGAAGCCGCGACACACUCCAAAAAGGGGGCGACGUUCUCUGCAUCUGGUUCAGCCUCGGCAUUUAGCUCUGAGGCGGAUAACCCACCCGCGACUGACCCCGGGCAGCUGUUGGAGAAGGUGCCCGCGCGCGUGGAUGGCCAGGGUUGGCAACUGAGAGAGCCGGGGCGGGUCACUCGGUGCCCCCAUUUGGUGGCUUGGAGGGGUUAGCCAUCUGAAAGCCAGCGCCUGGGAUGGUGGCGGCGGGCUGCAGCGGAGUUUGCUAGAGAAGAGACCCGGGGCGCGGGCAUGGAGACGAAUCUACUACUAGCGGUUCGCGGCGAAGGCCUUGCACAUUCGCCACGUCAAUAGCCUGACGCCGCCAAGCUGGUAAAGUAAGGGCGACGCGCGUCGUGUAAUUUGUCAGCGUGGAAACAAGGCCGGCGCCGGAUUCUACUCCAUUGCUACAAGUCAGCCCGCGCUCGUGUUUUUAAUUAUUGGCAGGCGCCACGUAGUCAAUCUCAAUGCCUUCCGUUGCCCCUUUCUGGAUGUUUGUGGGGUUUUGCUUUCGAAAGAAGAAGGGGGGGGCGAAUGGGUCAGAGCUCAUCCUUUGGACUAUCUGAAGGCGUUACGUUUUUGCAACGGAGACGGAAGCCGCCAAGCGCAGAGAGCCCUGGGCCCCGCGCAGCUCUGCGAACGAGCAGCCUGGGAGUUGUGCGGAAGCACCUUCGAAGGCCAUCCUUGGCCGUAUUCUCCGGCGAAUGUAGUCGAGUGAAAGGGGGGCGAGGGUGGGGCGGUGGCUGUGUAGUAUUCUGCUGAAGGUCGAAGCGACUGCGAGUCAUGGCGCGCCCUCGUGGUUUGGUCGCUGGAUUUUGCACGCUUCUGGGCUGCUGGUCGCGGGAAUCUCCAGCGGGGAGGUGGGCAGUUGCGCAAGUGUGGCACUCCAUUCGCACCUGAUGGAUAUCCUGGCAAAGGGUGGCGACGGGUGUCGAGAUUGGGGCUGUGUCGGUCUACAGCUUGCAGGCAGCUAAUGGGGGAGAAGACUGGGCGACAGUCUGGGAGCGGCAGGGCGCUACGGUCGACUUUGGCACCGUCGAGGUGACUUGCCCAGCGUCUCCGGCGUGUGCCCCGCGAGACCGAACAACAGUGGCAUGGCUACGAACCUUCAAGAGAACCCGGGGAAAGAGAUGGCCCGCAAAUCCGCCACUCGUCUGUCGGAGGAAGACACAUACAAAGCAGUCGAGAAGCCGAAAGCGAAGACCUGAGCAAGGAAAUCCAGGGAGUCGGAUAUGAGAUUUCUCAACUCCUCUGCGCAGCCGAAACAAUCCCUGGAACUAAAGAGGUCAAAGGAAGCGAUCUUCGCAGGAGUAUGUAUGAGCUCGCAGCGAUCAUUCAGAGUCCAUUUCGAAUUCCGAAGACAGAAGGGAAAACGAUGGAGGAGCUUCAGAAGCUCAGAAUAGUCUCGAAACCUUGGCUCGAUUUCUGUACUCAUCCGAAGGUCGAUUCCUCCCGGAGUUAAGUGGCAGUUUUGUGCGUUGUAUUAUUACAAGUCAUAGACAGCCAGAGUGGCUUUUUCUUUGGCUUUCAUGUUUUCAAUCUGAAGAACUUCCAAAGUAUCAAAGUUCACACAAUAAAAUCAAUCAUUCUUAGAGUAGCUCCUGCCUACUCUAGAAUCAGUCACUUUUGUGAACGCGGGGAAGAUAUGGAAGCGCUUGGGUGCUGGAGUUGGGAGCUUUGACGAGGUUGCCGCGAGAUUCGCUACGCAGGCGAUAGGCAGAGGCGGCACCCCGGUACACGGUGCACGCCUCUGGAGCGGUCUCGGUCGACUCUCUGCCGCCAGGAAGUUCCUCGGUAGAGCGAGCGCGGCGGGCUGCUGCACAGGCGGCGGCAUAUGACGGCGACGCGGAAGGAGAGGAGGCAGCGGACCCAUAAUGGCUGCAAAUCCAUGAGCGCGGCGGCCACUGCUGGCGGCAGUGACGGCGAGGAGACUGGAGAAAGGCGGCGGCGAUUGGAUAGCUAGAAGGCAGGGGGAAACUUCUCAGGCUCGUGGACUGGAUUAGGGUGAGACAGAUGCCACCGGAGGCGUUCACACAGUAAGGUCUUGACUUCGUUCGAGCGCAAGAGAGGCAGGCUUGGCCGCUAACGUCUGAAGGGCACAAAGUGCAGGAGGGUGGUAAAGUGUUCGCGCCUCUUCUGGCGCGGCUUCUUUGCUGGCGUUCGUGGGGCGAGAGAGUGAGGGAGAGAGCAGGCCCAGGAGUAGCGCGCUGCGUUCUCGGGUACGUGGAUGCCUCGCUCUUGCAGAGCGGCUCGCCGGGGUUCUUGCUCUUUCGGUGCAGCGUAGGCUACCGACAAGGCUGGCUUAACUGAGUGGGCUUGCCUGUGUGUUGGUUCGUUGCUGGUUGGUCUUGAUUAAUUUGACGGGAGGGGGGCUCUUCUUCUAACUGUAGCGAAUGACUGCCCAAACAGACAGUGUGCUAGUUAGCAACUAAGAUGUCAUACCCAUACAUAUGAGCAAGCCAGUCCCGGUGUCGUGUGGUGACUGAUUUUCCUAUGCAGCAUCAAGCCCAACAAGCUCUCACUCAGGUACGCGGAGAAAAUCGGUUAUCUGAUGGCCCGAUGCCUUACCAUGGGACGAAACAUGUGCACACAUAUCCUCGAAGCCUACGGCCAAAACGAUGGCAAUGAACGAUUCGCGACACGGCCCGAAGGAUGGGCUUUAUGAGAUGAGACACGAAUUAGUUCAUUGAAACCGAUAAAAAGACAUGUGUACCUGUACUGAACUUCAUGGACAUUACAGGUGCUGUUUAUCUUUAUGCUGUCUACGUCUAGUAACAGUAUAUAUAAGUAAGAAAAAAGAUCAAUAUGAAUAUUUUUGUACUAUUACCCUCCUGCCCCUCCGACUCCCAGUUCCAUUCCCACCUUCUUUCUUCCUUCCUUGUCGUCGUCCAUACGCUCAAUACGCUUCCUUCUCGCCCUUCCUCCUGAGUUCCUUUAAUUCUUCUGGAGCAGAUUCAGACGGCGAUUCAGAACGCCACUUUUUGCGAGGACGUAGGGUCUCAGCAGUGUGUUGCGGCCAGACGUGCUGAGACUGGUGCCGAAAAUUAAGGCUAGAUUAUCACUAUCCCAUUCGCAUUCCCAUGGAUGUGGGGUAUGCUGAGUUGGGUUUCCGUCCCCUUGGUAUACAAGGGAAAAUACGCGGAGACUCACUGACAGGGCGUCUCACUCAACCAGAAGUGUGGAUAGAGAAAAUCAGUGUGGAAAGACAUAGAGAAAAAGAAAAACUAGCGUUAAGAAAAGUUCGUACCGAUGGCGACGCCACCUCUGCAUGGGCUGCACCAAAGUCAAGCGGAAGACGGAAGUUUGCAAACGGAGUGGAAGUGGACGUGCUCAAAAGACGUGAAUGGAGAACAAGAAGUCACACCCGCUUAUUGGGAUGAUUGUACUGGGUCGUGUUUUAGUAGUUUUUGCUCUUUUGCUUAUUUCCAAGACAACUUCUAUGCUGCAAGAUAGUUGUACUAUGUCGUGUCUGUUCCUGUUGUAUCUGAGGUGUGAGGUUCUUAGAAGAGGUAGACCUUGAACUUGAUCUACAAGAUGUGAUGUAAAAGUAACUCAACCAAUAUGAUGAACUUUCUCGUAUACUUUUUUUAGUCUUUUUUACUUUUCAACACGUACUAGUCUGCACUAGAAGUCACAAUACUACUAAUCGUUCGUGUCUUUCAACAUGAACUUUCUCGUAUACUCUUUUUAGUCUUACCACUCCUUUCAAGUCCAACUCCGACUCCAAAACAGUUUCCGGCCCUCCCGGUGUCCAAAUGGACCUGUGCUUAGCUGAUCCGGACUGCACCGGUCUUUAUUCCGAAUCCGGUCUGGCCUGGUUCAGAUGUACAGGUGCUAUCAUGGAGUACACGAUAGGGUCUGACCAUGGCUCAGCUUCGUCCUCUCCCAAAGAUUCCAUGUACGCGGCGAUGACACACCUUGCGUUCAUGCGAAAACGAGAAGGAGAAACAUUUUUACCGCCAGGAGCGAAUGAUAGUACUUGUUACAACUUAUAGUAUUUACUGUUCUACUUAAUGUUGUUGUUCGUUGACAGAUGACAUGAAGUAGAUGAACUAUUGCAGUUGCAGCUGAUAUUAAAAUGCAAAUACCGCUUCCAGGAGAAGUCUGCCUCUUUCCAACACCCCACGACGCUCACAAUCACAACAACAGCCCUCGGCAAAGAUAUGGUCAUUUCUGACCUGGUGGGAUUCGGAAUGCCGCAUUUGUCGGUCAAGUAUACCCAUGGCUACAAGAAGAUGUUUGGGUGCUCUGGCGAACACGAUACUGAAGGUCAAAGCCUAGAAGCUGCAAGUCAGCAGUGCCUCAUGAACGAAAAGUGCAAAUUCUUGCAUCACAAGAUUUCCUAUGAUUAUGACCUGCUGGCGGAGUUUUUCAUGCAGCACAAUACGUUUGUAUUCAUAACUACCUACUUACAACUAUUUUUAUGUACCUCUACCGGCUUCCUUCGAGGCAUUGUUCAGCACAAUACGUUUAUAACUACAAGAACUAAUUCUUACCUCUACCGGCUUCCUUCUAGGCAUUGUGUGGAGUUUUUUUUUUCUUUCUUCUAGGCUUCUCUCUCAGUAAAUUUUUUUCUAACGGUCAGCCAGCGAAGGUACUCGCGUAACCGACAACUGGGUCCUCUGUUUUGGAGCUAGUGGCUUCAACCAUGCCCCUUCGAAAGAGGAUGCGGGAACUGUUUUGCCGAAGGUGAAGGUGAAAUUUAACACUUCAGCUUCGGAAUACGAAGCCCCUGGAAACGAUGCCUUGGUUCUAUGGUCAGUGGUCUUUUCACACUCACAAGAAAACAAAUCACCCUCAGAUAAAUCUUCACCCUCAACAUCCACGACUCACAUUCGCAUUCACAUUCACGUUCACGACUCCCAUUCUAAUUUCCGAGUCUGAACUGCUAGAAGAGGAGUGGACACAAACAUUUGCUGAGAUCGGAGAAUGCUCGAGGAGCAGUGGAGGAACCGUCGAGUGGGUAACGUACAAGGAGGCCAUCCAAAAAUGCAUCGCGCCUGACUUGGCUAAUGGGGAACUGAGGGGAUGCAAAUUCAUUACGCAGAAGAGGGAGAGUAGCGGGUACUAUUGACUCGUUGUUCUUGAUUUGCGGUACCGGUAAGAGUAGAAUGUGAAUCUAACAAUUCUUCAAAAAAGUAUAAGAAGAAAAAUAGCAUUACGGACGCUAUUUUUCCAUGAUUCAGCCACUUAACUUACGUACUCAUAUCUUUCGCCACUUCUGCAACUAGUUCAACACCGCAAAACUCCCCAUCAUAACACACAACUCCCCUCAGUGGCGAAGCCGAAACAGCUGGAGAAUUUUUGAACCAGUGGACUGUGUGCUAUUCGUUACUGCCGAAAAGUCCACCUGCCGAGGGGUCCUUACCAGCAGAUAAGGCGAAAGUGCGUGUCAUGCGGAGACAUGGGAUUAUUUGUAUUUCGACUUGUCUUUCCUGUUAAAAGUGCGGACGUAUUCGUAUGGUAGAGCUAGAAGGCUUACACGAUAGGGUUCAGCACAUCAUCAAGAGUAGGUAAUUCUUCGCAUCUUCAAAUCGAAAACGGUCAUUUUGCUCAUCUUCAAAAACUACAGCCGUCUACGGUGGUUUCACUACGACCAGUACUUCGUCCACCACAAGUACGUCGACGACGACUACAGAGGGAACGACGACGACACUCACAUCAACCCAGACAACGACAACGGAGACGACCACUACAAAGACGCAUACAACGACGCCAGUUAUGACUUGCAAACAGUCGCAUUCUCUUUCUCAUAGAUGAAGUAGCCCCCAAGGCCCGACUGAGACUGUGAGUGUCAGGAAAUGCUACAUAAGCAUCCACGUCAGGAGUGAGAACAUUUUUUUGUAGCAUAGCCUACCACUUAAAUGGAACAAGAUUCCGUAAUAUGCAUGAAAAACUUAGACAAGUACAGCAAUAGUGACCCUGACCCAAUUCAGUUAUAUCGAUGCCUCCUCUAACCUCCUCGUCUCCACCACCUACGAGUCGAAGGCGAUUCCGCAUACAACUACGACCAGUACGACUUCGCCACCCCCAUCGAAGUUCUUCUUUGAUGCUAUCGUUGGCCCAAUCACCAGCACAACAACGACAGAGGUACCGCCUGCAGUGCCCGAGGCGACAACCGAAGCUGUAG